CUGCUCCAUCAGCUCACGUACGCGGCAUGCAUGUGCCUACGGCUACAAAUACGUACCCAUCGAUCUCUCGACAGUCGACCCAAUACAAGCAUCGAGAGCAGUGCAGUUUGUACUUUGUAGCCAGCAAUGUCGAGCCAUAGAUCUUGUGGCCCGGUAGCGCUGCUCGCCUGCGUCGCCCUGAUGGCGGCGGUGGCCGGCGCGGCGCAGUACAACGUCGGCGGCGACAACGGGUGGGGCGUGCCCGGCGCCGGCGCCGAGUCCUACAACACCUGGGCCGAGAAGACCACCUUCCAGGUCGGCGACCAGCUCGUGUUCGUGUACCCCAAGGACAAGGACUCCGUGCUGCUGGUGGCGCCGGCCGACUACAACGCCUGCAACACCAACACCUACGACAAGCAGUUCACCGACGGCAACACCGUCUUCGACCUCGACCGCGCCGGCGCCUUCUUCUUCAUCAGCGGCGUCGACGCCAACUGCCGCGCCAACGAGAAGCUCAUCGUCAUGGUCGCCGCCGCCGCCGCCGCCGCCAAGGGCGCGCCCACGCCGACCCAGGGCUCGCCCGCAGCAACGACCCCGCCGUCUGAUCCCUCGGGUGGCGCACCGCCAAACUCCCCGGCAACGCCCAAUGCUCCGGCCGGCGCGGCGAGCAGCUCGACGCCAGCCAAGGGCGCGCCUCCUGGUGCCGCCAGCGGCGCCGGCCUCACGGUGGCAGGCCUCGCCGGCUCGUUCGCGGCGUGGUUUGGAUACGCCAUGCUUGCUUUCUAGUGCUGCUUUGCAGAGCUAUCUUUCACUACUCUUUUUUCUUAAAGCCAGGAGAAUAUUUGUACUCUCUCCCUGCUCUGAUCCUGUUCCGUUAUGGUCAAUGACAAAUCCAAUAUGAUGGUUCCUAAAUGA